AUUUUGUUUUGUCCAAACUUUUUUCUGAGGCGCCGGCUUGCAGGAGUUUUGUUUUGCAGUUUCUCUUUCUCAAGUUUUACAAAAAUCAGUGCAAUUUACCUUGAAAAUGAACUUGGAACCGAUCAACAACGCACUUUCGAACCUGCGGAUGCUGCGGUCCAGCGUGGGCCAAGUGUUCGAAACGCUCGGGAGUGGAGUCCGCGCCGAACACGGCGAAGAAGGCAAAGAGCAAAAGUUCCUCCAGGAGCUGCAGGAGCAACUGAACGGAGUCAACUCGAACCUACGGGAGUUCGAAACCUGCAUCAACGACCUGACGCCACCGCAAGCACCGUUCAAUCUGGCCAACACGGCUUACCUCUCGCUGGAAACGAAUCUGGAACGCCAGGCCCUGUAUCCGCACCUGGUGCAGAGCUACAAGUGGCACGACAAGCUGCACGAGUACAGUGCCUUCGCAUCGACGCUGCUGCAGCAGAAUACCCUCAAACGGUCCUACUAUACCAAUACGAAGCGGAGGCGUUCGCUUCCCUCAAGCCAUUUGGCAUCGCCACAAACCGUAGACAACCUCAUCGGGAGUAUCCACUUCGCGAACAUGAACCUAAAAAUCGUCCGGCCUUUUAUGACUAACGCAAUUCUUCACAUCACUUUGGCGCGCGCCGUUCGGGCGGCCGUCAUCCUCAAGGGGCUGCUCAUUGAGUGGGUCACCGUCAAGGGCUACGACGAGUCCCUGCUGGAUGCUGUCGACGAGCACUGGACGCUGUCGCGGCAUCAAGUUUUCCGCAAGGUCCAGGAUCAUGCCCACUCGGCGAUGUUGCACUUUUUUUCGCCCACCCUGCCGGAAUUGGCAAUUCGGAGCUUCAUCACGUGGUUUCGCAGCUAUGUGUCAUUAUUUACCGAUCCGUGUAAAAAAUGUGGAAAACAUUUGCAUAACACAUUGCCCCCAACGUGGAGAGAUCUGCGGACAUUAGAACCAUUCCAUGAAGAGUGUAAGCAGUAAUAAUGGGAUUUGGACUUUUUUGUCCGUUCUUUUUUCUCAUCAUGUUUCACCUAAUUUUAUACCCAUCUUAAGGUGCUUACAAUUUUCAUCUCCAUAAUAUUCUUAUAUGAAUAAAAAUAAACUAUGCCGUCAAUCGAUAAA